CCGUGGGCGAACUCUUGGCUGGCUUGGCACGCCAUGCUUCCUAGCCUCCGUUCCAGCCUAAUUCCUGCUUGGCACCGGGGAUGCCAGGUCGCGCCGAGCCGGAACCCCGGGCCCGCUGUCCGUCUUCCGGCUCAGCGUCCGUCCUAGCGCGACCCGAGCAAGCGGCGACAAAAGGCACAACAACGUGUAUGCAGAUCUCUGAUUUUCCGUCGAUGCCACUUCGAGGUUGCAUUCCGCGGCGCCGUGGGUCUUGAGGAGAAAAUGGGGAGCGGGAAGAGUCCGGGGCAAUGGAUAGACAUACCUUAUUAAUACCGGACGGGAUCUCCUCCCAAGUAUUUUUCCUUAGUCCUCCAGUCUCGUUGCUGUCUCCCUUCCCAGCCACGGCAACGGCGCGACCAAAGAACCGGCAUAAUGGCUCGUGGCAUCGCUCUCCUCAGCCUCGCGUCGGCACUCCUCGGCGUGGCCCACGGGCAGAAACCCGGGUCGGCGAAGGAGGUGCACCCCAAGAUCACGACGUACCGGUGCUCCAACCGGGGCGGGUGCAAGGCGCAGACCAACUACAUCGUGCUGGACUCGCUGGCGCACCCGAUCCACCAGGCGACAUCGCUCGCCAACAACUGCGGCGACUGGGGCAGCAAGCCUAACGCGACGGCCUGCCCGGACAAGGAGUCGUGCGCCAAGAACUGCAUCAUGGAGGGCAUCCCAGACUACAGCCAGUACGGCGUGACCACCCAGGGCACGGCGCUGCGGCUGCAGCAGCUGCUCGACGGGCGGCUGGUCACGCCGCGCGUGUACCUGCUCGACAAGAGCGAGCAGCGCUACGAGAUGAUGCACCUCGCCGGCGCCGAGUUCGCCUUCGAGGUCGACGCCGCCAAGCUGCCCUGCGGCAUGAACAGCGCCCUGUAUCUGUCCGAGAUGCACCCCACCGGCGCCCGCAGCAAGCUCAACCCGGGCGGCGCCUACUACGGGACGGGCUACUGCGACGCCCAGUGCUUUGUGACGCCCUUCAUCAACGGCGUUGGCAACAUCGAAGGCCACGGCUCGUGCUGCAACGAGAUGGACAUCUGGGAAGCCAACGCGCGCGCAACGCACCUGGCGCCGCACCCGUGCAACAAGCCCGGGCUGUACCUCUGCUCGGGCGACGACGAGUGCGGCGACGACGGCGUGUGCGACAAAGACGGCUGCGCGUGGAACCCGUACCGCGUCAACGUGACCGACUACUACGGCGCCUCGGCGCGCUUCCGCGUCGACACCACGCGGCCCUUCACCGUUGUCACCCAGUUCCUCACCAGCACUCCAAACCCCCCCCAAAACGGAAAGGGUCAUAACAAAAAAAAGGAACUGACCAAAAUUCACCGGCUCUACGUGCAAGACGACAAAGUCAUCGAAUCCUACACGGUCGACGCGCCAGGCCUGCCCAAGACGGACUCGCUGACGGACGAGUUCUGCGGGGCCACGGGCGCCGCCAAGUACCUGGCGCUGGGCGGUACGCGGGGGAUAGGCGAGGCGCUCGAAAGGGGGAUGGUGCUGGCCAUGAGCAUCUGGUGGGACGAGGGCGGCAACAUGAACUGGCUCGACUCGGGCGAGGCCGGGCCGUGCGAUCCCUGGGAGGGCAACCCGGCGAAUAUCACAAAGGUCGAGCCCGGGCCGGAGGUGACGUUUAGGAAUUUGCGGUGGGGGGAGAUUGGGAGUACGUUUGGUGACAGGGUAAGGUUGUAAGGACUUCACUACUAAGUUACAGGUAGUUAUUGGUUGACGGAGGGAUGAGAGCUGCUUAGUAUGGCUGUAUGCCUGGUGGCGCGUUGUCUGCUGUCUGCCUGGAAUCAGUAUUCUAUAGGGCGAAUCAUUAUUUGUUAAAAUUUUG